AUGGUGAUUUGCAGGAGAGGCCGGUCUAGCAGGGUUCUCUCCUCGGUGCGAGAUGUUAUUUUUGGCGACUGGUAUACGGAGUGGACGACAAGCCGCCCCUUUUGUGGCCCGUUCUCACGAUGGCAAUUGAGGCUGUACCUCUUCUUAGUGCGUUGUCUUCUCUUCUGUUUUUUUCCCCUUCACGUCCGCUUCUUUUCGUACUUGGAGGCCCCACUCCCUCCCUCCCCUGUGCAGCCCCUCCAUGCUUCAUGGGUGCAACCAGCAACGGAGCCAAACAGCAAGAGUUGGACACCAGGGGACCCGAGCUUGGGAAUUCUUGUCGCUCGGUGUCACAUUGGCGACGAUCCCCGCUGGAUUCUUUCUAGCGCUUGA